GCAGGUGGCCCCUGCAGGUGCAUGGAACCUUAGGAACAGGAAGGGUCGUCGCGAUGGAAGACCGACGUCGAAUCCCCAGAAAAUUGGCCCCAUUUUCCCACUUGGCUUGGCCCGCAGGAACGCGUCUUGCUGCGUGCAUCCGUUUCCGCACCUUUUUCCUCAACUUCCCUCGCGCGCGACUGACUUUAAACUAUUGCCCGCCCAGACGCAAUUGCAACAGGCCUUGUCGGUCGGGUUCCUCGGUGUGGCUGCCUGCCUGCUAGUUUCCCACCCCAAUUCAUUUGCAUUGGGUUCUUAUUUGGGAAUUUUUGCUUCGAACCUACUAUUUUCAUUUGGUCCCAUCUUCAACCCUCUUUUUCUUCUUCCCUGUCUGUCACCUUUAGCUCGCGUUCACUCACUCCUCAAUUCUCCACACACCUUCUCUAUUCCCCUUCUCUUUUUCUUCUUCAUCUUCACCAUUAAUUUGCACUAUACCCGUAAUUGUGUUGCGAUUUUUUUAUUCCUUCCUUCUUUCACAGCAUUCUGCCGCCGUUGUCCCCUGCCAACGACUCCACACAGUCAAAUGCUCUGGACUGUCUUGUAAACAGACACAACUAGAAGUGGUGUGCAUUCCUGCACUCACCACUUCCUUCCUUCCCUUUGCGCACAUUCUUUAACUCACUGCUCUUUGUUGUUUGUGCAGCAAACAGCAAACUAGGCUCUUUGGACUUUGGGUGUUUGGGAGUCGGCAGGUGGGCUAGGGCCGCGCACGCACCUUGGUUAUUUACGCCUCACCCUCAUUCGAAAGGCGCGGCGCAACUCUCGGCUCUGCACCUUGCGCCCGCCCUUGCGCGCUCGCGUUUGUCAGCCUUGUGCCUCUAAUUGCCAACCGACCAUUGUUGGGAAGCCAGGGUCAGGUCCUGGUCCAUUUGGGCACCAGGGGUCUCCUUCAGGCCGGCCCGGCUUUCGCGCCAGCUGCGCGCACCCUCCCAGCCAGAACCCCCAUCUCGCCUGGGCUGGCUCGGAUCAACAUCGUGCAGCGCGAACGAAGGGGCUGUCUGGCCGUUGUCGUUCCUCACACCGCCCACACACCCCAGCUCUUCAUUCGAGCCAAUCGCCCAACUUGGUGCGUCACGUCAGCAGCGGGGCGGACGGAUCGGCCUUUGAACGACGCCAGCAACAGGGCCGUCGCCAGGUAGCGUCACGGCCACCGCCGCGGCAAAUCGGUGUGAACUCCUCCCUGGGUUUGGGGCCGGGAGGCAGGCAGGUCGGGCCUGGGCCAUAGACGGAGCAGCCGCCACGCCCCGUGUCGGUGCUCGACGCACCUCGCAUGCGCCAUGUCGGCCACGGGCGCGAAUGGCGUGACGCACAACAUGCCCUUCCUGCACAGAAACUGGGUCUCCGGCCUGAACCAGGCGCGCGGGCUGACGCCGUGCGAAGACCACCCGGUCAAGAAGCGCCGCCGUCUCUCGCACGAGUCUUUCAAAGCCAACGGCCAUCCCAGGCCCCACGGCGGCGCCGACCUGUGUCUGCCCGAGGAGCCUGGCAACCUGCAAAAGGCUCUGCGCAUCGAAGUGCUCCGCAUCUUCCACAGGGACACAUCACGUGUCAAGUACGACAAGGUCUUCAACGGUAGUUCUGUGCCCUAUGCCAUCACUUCACGGGCGCGCUGCAGAAUCACCAUCGAGAGCGAGGAAGAUGGGGACAAGCAACUUGUCUUUUGCGACAGCCAGAUCUGCGACAUCAAGACGUACAAGAACCCAGUCGGGCCCUCCUACAUGGCCAGGAUCCACCUUCCCAGGCCGUUCAUAGUCCCUCAUGAGAAGAUACUUAUUGCCCGCAGGGAUGACUGCGUCUUCGAUCUUGCCGACUCGUACACGCUGCAUCUGGAGCUUGAGGGCGCCGGCGACCCCAAGUGGCCCCCUCCCAACUUGCUCGGACUGGAUGGGGACGAGGUGUUCCCUGGCAUCCCGGACGCGUCUCGUUUCUGUGUGCUCGCGGCGACUCUCGACGACAUCUUCCCGCGGUCGAGGUCGCUGCUUGGAGUGACUUUCAGACACCGGGCUUGGAACGUUGAGCAGCCUACUGACUUUGCGAUGGACGCCGACAUCCGCUGGACAACUGGCUUCUCAGACGGACUGAUGAAGAGACGCCUGGAGAAAGGGGUUGCCCAAUCUAUCACCUUUAUCGACCCAGACGAGGACUUCAUUUCAGUCAACGGCAAGCUGAACGGGCUCGUGAACGGAGAUGGGGUUUCUAAUGGACACCAUGCCGGGGAUGCGUGCAGUACGAGUGGUCAUGCUCUUAACGGAAACGGCCAUCAGCAUGCCAAUGGCGACGCCGAUGACUAUGACGAGGAUGGGGACGGCGAUACGACGCCGAGGAAAUCACUGAGAGCGAGGGGCACAGGCAAGGUUUACAACCUCAAGGUCCUGAGCGAUAAGGCCCACGGGAAGGACCGCAAGAGGCGCAGGAUGUUUGAUAGCAAAGACGAAAAGGGAGCUGACGAGAGCUGCACCGUGCUCUACACCCUUCCAACAGAACACGUUGUCAUCGAAGGGCUUGUUUGCUGCGUCUGUGGCAUUCUCAAUCAUUCGGUGAACGAGCUCAAAGCCCACUUUCUUUGCCAUCCACGCUACGAAUUUCACCUGGAAACCCGGCUGGGCAAGGGGCCGUACACGGUUGACGUUUCCAUUGCGGAGGAUGCGGUCGAUUCAAUACUCCCAAAAGUCUAUCAACUGGGUCGGCCAACCAAGCUGCUAGAUCUUGACAGUUAUAUCGAUGGAGACGACUCCUGGGUCACUUCUCGCUACGGCCCAGAGAACGAUACCACGGUAACUGAGAGAAAUCUAGCGCCAGCAUCAAGGCGUGUGCAGCAGCCAAGGCCCGUGGUAAACCGCGUCAACAGCAGGCCCGUGGUGCCCAAGGUGAAGAAUCGGCUGUUUGAUCCACUAAGCAAGGCAGAGCUGGAGCCUGGCGCGGAGGUGCCCAAGUUGGUGUCCGACGACGCUUGGCUCAUCCAGAAGCACCGCGACCACUUGCAGGACUUUGUGGACAUCGGGCCGAGCGAGAAGGAAUACAUGAAGGAGUGGGACGCCUUCAACUUCAAGAACCGCAUGUCCUCCGAGCUCUACUUCAAACCGGCCUUCGUCUCGUUUGUGACGGCCAAGGCCUCGUGGCUUGUCGGGUCAGAGUCGAGGAUGGUGGAGUUUGGCAAGCACCUCGCGGUCCUCACGGCCAGGGGCGUCAUUGACGAUUCUGUCAUUGAGGAGGCGCGACUUCUGAUAACCGAGGCCAAGAACCACCGCAAGGCGACGGCCGGAGGGUCCAUGGGGUCAGAACCAGUACCGAACCCCGUGCAGGAUGCCGUGAACCGGAGGAGCUCGGCAGGCUGCGGCGUGUGCGGAAAGCCGGUGAAGGGGCCACAGUUGCUUGUGUGCGCCACCAAGGCCUGUGGAAAGCGCGUGUACCAUAAGCGCUGCGCUCGCCCGACCACAAAGGGCGACGUUGAAAGCGUGCAUUGGCGUUGCAACGCAUGCGCCGCCCGUUCCUGACGGAACCUUCUAACCGAGAAGGACCGACCUCCUCUAGACUCGAUUUUGAUGAAGAUGUGUUCAGGAGUCGAGUUGCUUUGAUAUGAUUCACACAUGUCUGUCGGUUCUUAUGCGUACGAAUCCUCAGGCCGCUGGCCUUUUUGAUCCAUACAUGUUACAAGGGGAUCUGGGAUCGGCUUGGAGAGUGCUCAAUAUAUUGAUAAUUUCUCAAGGCCUCUAGGAGAUGCUUAAAGAAGCAGAAUCUCCGGCGAGGACCUCGAAAGAUGAGCCCUCCUUAUAUAAGC